CUAUAUACUUUUCUCAAAAAAGUCACCCGAGUACACACAUGAGAACAUACAAGGUUAAGAAGCCUUUCACAUGUACAACCUGUGGAAAAUGUUUUGGUCAUAGUAGCCAUUUAAAAAUUCACAUGAGAACUCAUACAGGUGAGAAGCCUUUCACAUGUACAACCUGUGGAAAAACUUUGACACAAAAAAGUUAUUUGGCACGUCACAUGACAAUGCACACAGGUGAGAAGCGUUUUGAAUGUGUGAAUUGUGGGAAAGGUUUUUGGAACGAAAGUUCUUUGAAAACACACAUGCGAGCUCACACAGAAGAGAAGCGUUUCGUAUGUGUGAAUUGUGGGAAAGGUUUUUGGAACAAAAGUACUUUAAAAACACACAUGCGAGCUCACACAGAAGAAAAGCCUUUCACAUGUUUGACCUGUGGAAAAUGUUUUAGUGAAAAGGGCAGUUUAAAUAUUCACACAAGAAUUCACACAGGUGAGAAUCCUUUCACAUGUGUGACCUGUGGAAAAACUUUUACACAAAAAUAUAAUUUGGAAAGUCACAUGAGAACUCACACAGGUGAGAAGCCUUUCACCUGUGUGAACUGUGGAAAAUGUUUUAGCCAAAAAAGCUGUUUACAAACUCACAUGAGAACUCACACAGGUGAGAAGCCUUUCACAUGUGUCAACUGUGGAAAGAGUUUCGUUGAUAAAAGUAGUUUAACUUAUCACAUGAGAACUCACACAGGUGAGAAGCCUUUCACAUGUGUCAACUGUGGAAAGAGUUUCAUUAAGAGACGUUAUUUAAAUCAUCACAUGAGAACUCACACAGGUGAGAAGCCUUUCCCAUGUGUGAACUGUGGAAAGAGUUUCAGAUAUAGAAAUCAAUUAAAUUGUCACAUGAGAAUUCACACAGGUGAGAAGCCUUUCGCCUGUGUGACCUGUGGAAAAUGUUUUAGUCAAAACUGUUUACAAUCUCACAUGAGAACUCACACAGGUGAGAAGCCUUUCACGUGUGUGACCUGUGGUAAAAGUUUUACUAGAAAAGGUUGUUUAGUACGUCACACAAAAACUCAUACAGGUGAGAAGCCUUUCACUUGUGUGACCUGUGGGAAAGGUUUUACUAGAAAAGGUUGUUUGGUAGCUCAUAGAAAAACUCAUACAGGUGAGAAGCCUUUCGCCUGCGUGACCUGUGGGGAAGGUUUUCCUACAAAAUAUUGUGUGGUACGUCACACAAGAACUCAUACAGGUGAUAAUUCUUGUGCCAUCAAGCCAUGAGGAAAAAUCGUGACUGAGUUGUAAGCAAUGAAAUUUGAGACUUUUACAGGCACCAAGGAACUGCCCCCCCUCAGCAGUGUGCUGUUACUGUAAAGCCAAGUUGCCACAGACUUAUCCUUCUCUUUUCCUGUGGACCCUCGAGGAGAGAGUUCGCUCUGGGGAGACGAGCAUUGAUAUGGGCCGCAUGGGACUCAAAGACUCACAAGCAUCUGCAGGGUCAGCCAGGCUGAGUAAAGUCUGCUUUAUGUGAAACUAUUAUAAUCAAACUAUUGGUAAUCUGUCUAAGCUGUACA